UGAUUUGGGGAACAUCAAAAGAAGAUUGUAUUUAUCAACGGUCCAUAAGGAACUAUCCUCAACCCCUCUUCAUGCAAAAAUCCCACUCUUCAUGAUAAAGCGCAAAAUUUGGUGCAAUCUAUGCAUUGACUUGGUAGCAUUUACCAGUGAAAUAUUCAAGGGAGCAGUUUUCCAGUCAUUGGAUGGAAUUAUUGUCUCAGCUAACUGUAAGCUACGGAAGAUCUUCACCUUAAAAUCAAAGCCUCAAGACACUGCUGAUAAAGAUGCAGUAUAUGGUGUGCCUUUUCCGGCAGAUGAACCUACCAGCAUUAUUCCGCGAAGCUGCCAACUAACAACAGAUGUUCCACAUGUAACACAGCUGCUAAACAUGACUAAACUUCGCCAAACUGAAAUAAAAUUUGGAGGUCAUCCUUUAAGACCAGCAGAAUCAGAUCAGUUCCUUAACAGAGGAACAGGUAGUGUGCGGAACAGUAAAAAUCAUGAUGUUUGUCAUAUCGCCUUUGGAUCCAAAGUUCCUGGACCACCUCCACUCUCUGGCAGAAGGAAUAACAUGAGGAUAUCCAGUGAGACAAUAAGAUCUGUUGGGUCUAAAAAUAACCGACUGUGCCAGCAGCCCACCGUAGAGAAGUGUGUUGACAAUGCAGAAAUGUCAACCUUGCUGAUACCUGAGUCUGAGGAGCAAGGAGAUAAAGAAAAUAUUCACCAAAUAAAACAGACUCUUCCUAUUCAUGUACCAGCCAAUCUACAUAUUAUGCAUCCACAUCCCCCUCAAGAAGCAUCAGCAGAUAAGAAUAAUAACAGAAGAAGAUUACGGUUAAAAAGCACCAGCAGAGAAAGGACAGAGACACCCAGCGGCAGUUCUUCAGGAAAUAACAGGAAUGAAGAUAAAACAACUGUCCUCAGCACUGUGUCCCAACAAGUUACAGAAACAUUGAACCCCGGCACUCCAGGACCCCAGUCUCCCGAUCAAACAGAUGAGUGGAUAUUUCCUGAAAAUGAUGAUCACAUUCAGCAUUUGACAUCCAGCAGACAGUCUCUACUUCUGGAUGAUGACUCCUGCAACACUUCACACCUGUGGCUAGAAGACAGCAAGCAAAGUGAACAUGACCAACAGGUAGAGGAAACCCAUAUUGUUCCAAAAGACAUUUUCACUUUCUCAUCAAGACCCCGAUCAGCACCUCAUGGAAAGACUCAGAAUGUGUCCCCAGAGGAGUGCCCAUUUAUUUUGGAUCUAAAAGAGGAUAACAGUGGGACAAGGAGAGACACCCAGUUGGAGGAUGAUUUUUAUGGUGGUGACAGCAGCGAAGAGGAAUACUACUGGAGAAACUAUCAGCCCAGCCAGAUGAGUGAAUCCGAGUUGCAGAUGCUGGCAAGCCUACGGCGGCAACAGAAUGAAGAGCUGGAGGAUGCUGGGGCUUCCCACGGCCUAAGCGCAUCCCAGGUUGACAACUGUAACAUCAGCAUAAGUACCAGCAGCGAUGACACAACCACCUGGAACUCCUGCCUUCCACCUCCUGUCAAUCAGGGUCGUCACUAUCAGAAAGAAAUGAAUCCACCUUCUCCUUCUAACCCCCGGGACUGGUUAAAUAUGCUGAGUCCACCAAUUGUUCCUCCCAGUCAACAGCCAGAUGAGCAGCAUCCGGAUUCUUCUGGAAGUCUGAGUGCUCAAGGUGAAGAAGACCUGAGUGUGGAAGAGGAUGAGGAAGUGCUGACUCUGUUGUAUGACCCAUGCCUGAACUGUUACUUUGACCCCCAGACUGGGAAAUACUACGAGUUGGUGUAAUCCCUCCUUCCAGGGCACAGAAUGGCUACCCCCCAUCGGAGAAGGGUGGCAGUUCAGUCUGCUAAGGAAGCACUACAAGUUGUGUGUUGAGCAGGCCCACGGAAUCAGAGAAAAAUGGAUUCAUUUUGUAAAUAAUGUUCGAUGUUAAGGAUUCCUACGUUCUUUUUGUAGAUGUGUGUGAUUUUGAAACUGUGACAGAAUUAAUAUAGAGACAAGAUUUUAGGACUUUGAAUUGGUUCUUAUUUGUUCAUUCUCAUCCUACAUAUAAUUUUGUUUAUUUCAUAUCAUUUUACGUAAACGAAUUAAGUUAUUCAUUUAAAUUUCUUACAGUGUUAUCUGUAAAUGAUGGCUUGAUAUACAGAAAAUGUAUUCUUGUUUAAAAGAUGUCUGGGUACUUCUUAUUUCAUGACAUAUUUGUAUUAAAAAUAAAGUAUGAUCGUCAGAAGAAUA